AUGGAUUACGACGGAGAAGCUAGUCAGUUUCCAGAUGUCUCACGAUUUAGUUUCAAUCCAAAUGGAGUCCUGCAUCCUAAGCCAGUUUACUCUCAGUGCUCAUUCACGGGAGUGAAGAAGAAAAGCUUUUCAUUGGAUGGUUCUAAGAAUAAGGGAUUGAGAAAUCUGAGUUAUAAGGUGAAAAAAAUAAUUGAAUCAGAGUCACAGACCACUUAUAGGUUCGUUGCCGAUAAAUUAGUAUCUGAGGACGGUGAACAGAAGAAGGAGGAACAGAAUGUGAAGCGUCGAGUCUAUGAUGCUCUUAAUGUCUUGAUUGCUGCUGGAGUGAUCACAAAGAAGAAGAAGUUCUUGUUUGCCACACCUGAGACCUUCAAGAGUGGGAAGUACUACAUAAUCUUAAUAGGGUGCCAUAACAAAGACAAAUGGCAGAAGAUUAAGGAGGAUUAGUAAAUGCGAACAAAGAAGCGUCAAGUGUUGAGUCACAAGAAACAAUUCUUGAUUAAUCUAGUGAAGAAGAUGCUUUGUAUUCGCCAUCUCAUCACCAAGAACAACAAUAACAAGAGUCUGCCCAAUAGUUAGAAUGCUGCUGAAACAUUCUUAAAAGAUGAAAAAGUUGACCCAUCUCAAGUGCUUUGUAGUUAAUAGAGUGUCCAAAGUGGAGUCUUACUAAACUCCUAUGUUUAACCCCAAAUUGUAUUUCAGUUGCCUCUUCUUGCUUUCUGGAGUAAACCAGAAGAUUUACGCAUAGUGAUCAAGACUUAAAAGGAAGUGACACUGACCACCAAAAAGAGUUGCUCCUUUCUGACAGAGAUAGAAUUACUCUAGGAUGCGCAACAUCAAGCAAUGGUGUCAAAAGUCUUUGAUGAUAAGGCUUUUGUUAAUUUCUAUUUGAACUUAACCAAAAAUUGA